GAGCGGUCGUCCCACCUCUGCGCCGCACCGCGCCGCACCGCACAGCACAGCAAGCUGCACGCGCUCACUCACGGCACAGUGUUUGAUAAAAAAAAAAAAAACCUCCUCGUUCUGACUUGCGCGAGAGGAGCAGCAGAACGCGUGCGGCGGUAAUGGCUGCCAGGGAGAGUGAGGAAGAAGACAACAAAUGAGACCCCAGAGAGACGACCCGAAGUGAGGACUAGGAUGGUAAGCAGCCAGCCGAAGUACGAGCUGAUCCAGGAGGUGGGCCGCGGCAGUUACGGCGUGGUCUAUGAGGCGGUGGUGAAGCGCACAGGGGCCCGGGUGGCGGUGAAGAAGAUCCGCUGCCACUCUCCAGAGAAUGUGGAGCUGGCCCUGCGGGAGUUCUGGGCCCUCAGCAGCAUACAAAGCCAGCACCCAAACGUCAUCCACCUGGAGGAGUGUAUCCUGCAGCGGGACCAGCUAGCACAGAGGAUGAACCACGGCUCCAGCUCCCCGCUCUACCUGGAGCUGGUCGAGACGUCUCUGAAGGGAGAGAUCACAUUCGACCCCUGCUGUGCCUACUACCUGUGGUUCGUCACCGAUUUCUGUGACGGAGGCGACAUGAACGCCUACCUGCUGUCCCGCAAACCCAGCCGCAAGAUCAACACCAGCUUCAUGCUGCAGCUGGGCAGCGCCCUGGCCUUCCUGCACCGCAACCAGAUCAUACACCGCGACCUCAAACCGGACAACAUCCUCAUCUCCCAGGCCUGCUCGCCGGCCGGCUCCUGCGAGCCCACCCUCAAAGUGGCCGACUUUGGCCUGAGUAAGGUGUGCUCCACCUCCGGGCUCAACCCAGAGGAGCCGGCAAGUGUCAACAAGUGCUUCCUGUCCACGGCCUGCGGAACAGACUUCUACAUGGCCCCGGAGGUCUGGGAGGGACACUACACCGCCAAGGCAGAUAUCUUUGCUCUGGGAGUGAUCAUCUGGGCCAUGGUGGAGCGAAUCACCUUUGUGGACGUGGAGACUCAGAAGGAGCUGCUGGGGAGCUACGUGCAGCAGGGUUCAGAGAUUGUUCCUCUUGGGGAGGCCCUGCUAGAGAACCCAAAGAUGGAGCUGCUGAUCCCCGCGAGGAAAAAGAGCAUGAACAGCCACAUGAAGCAGCUGAUCAGGGAGAUGCUGUCGGCCAACCCUCAGGAACGGCCCGACGCCUUCGAACUGGAGCUCAGACUGGUCCGUAUCGCCUGCAGAGAGCUGGACUGGGACACGUGAUGAACCAGCAAACGGCCCCACAGACUGAGCUGAUCAAGCACAUGUACACAUCUCAUCGGUUAAUGUUAAUCUAGAAGAUCACAUUUUGGGAAUAUUGUUUUUUUUGUUUUACUAGGGAACAAUAAUUAGAAUAGCAGUUGUUUGUCUUUUCUUAAAGGGGAAUUCUGUUUUUCAACUGUUGCCUGAUAUUUGAUUAUUUUGGGGUCUAAAACAGUUUUUACACAUGCACUCCAGAAAAUAUUCUGCCACUGAAAUCUCCCUGAAUUGCUAAUGCACACAUACUUUGUAGUAUAAAGUUUCAGGAAGGGAUGAGGGCCUCAAGACGUAUAAAAAAGACGCUGUGGAAGUCUUAAGAUGACAGAUAAAGCAACAGCGUCGGACACUAUAAUGGCCGAGUGGAAAAGAAUAUACUGGCGAGCAGUGAAGAGUGUGAAGCAGCUUCAUGAUAUGCAUGAUGAUCAUGCAUGCUAGAAGGCACCGUGAAUGAUGUAGACGUCAUCACCCAGCUGCACGCUUGUGGUGAAUUAUACUGAAUGUUUUUUUGCUGCAUUUGCAAUUAGGCUCACCCUUGCGCAAUGUGGAAAUAGUCGGGUAAAGAAUUCCACUGCGUUCACCCAGAUUAUCAGGAGUUUAGUGCAUGUGUGAAAACACUAUAAAGGACUGAUAGAUACUCAGAGUUUUGGAAUAUCUCCCUUUUACUGGAGCAAUUCCAAAAUGUUUUGUACCCAUCCUCAUUCAGACCCUGAAGUAUUUAGAAACAUUUGGCCCAGGUGUAAGAAUACCAGAAUUCCCCUUUAAACUGCACCCACUGUUCAAGCACAUCCAGUCCUCUACAAGCUGUGUCUUUAUAUUGAAGGGGAGAGGUGUGAAACUCACUGCUGCUGCGCCAAAGUGCAGCUUAGUCUCAGGCUAAUCACAUCACAGCUUCCACUUCCUCCUUACAGAAGCACUCGAGCGUGAUGGAAUGAGCAAAAUGACCCCCAAAAGUCCUGGAUUCAAUUAAAAGUGAAAGUCAAACAGUUUGUCUACAAAUACCACUGUGGACUUGGUGCUAAUUAUUCUAACUAAAUGCAAUAUGAGACAUAAUCCUGUGAUCAUUACAGCUUAUAUAUAUCCAAAGGGCCCAUAUUAGAACACAAUCACCUCCUAAGUGUUGAAUGUUUUGAAGUUUUCCGUGGCUUUAACAGAAAAGCUGACUUCCAAACUUUACUCUGGUACCGGACCACCAGCACUGACAUCAAGAUUUGAUUCUGUUUAAGCAUCAAAUGCUGAAAUGCCCAGCACACUCAGGUAGUUAAAUCACACAAUAUGACGGGUAUUUGUAGACAAACUCCAUACAGUCAAGGUCAGUUUUUCAGUCACAGAAAGGGGGAACAUCUCCAAACUUUGGUGCUUGAAGAUAACAUUGUGUGUAUUUCUUAAAGCUGCUUCGUUGGUAGUUUUGGGUAGGGGACGUUUUAUCAGUAAGUGUCCUCCCAGCAGGUGCUUGUGGUUGGUGUUUCUCUCUUGUCUGCUCAUCUCAGACUUACAGAUAAGACGAUCGGUCUCAGACACACCAAUAACCAGGGUACAAGAAUGUAAAGCGACCAAGACGGGUCAUUUAUAAAGCCUUAAAGACCAAACACUAGAUUUUUAAUUCACUUCAAACAGUUGAUCAAAAAGUCCACAGGAUCAUUCUGGUUUACGGCACUGGGUGGUUUCUUUGUAUUUGGUUGUUAUUCGGUCAGUAACUUGUGAUCACAAAAUGUAUUUAACAUUUCAGUUCCGCUUGAGCGGUCUACGAAGGCCGGGUUGUUUUUUUUCUGCUGGGUCAUUCGAAGGAUGCUAGCCCUGAAUUGGGACAAAGCAGAUCUCUGAUGAUGCUAUAUCUGAAAUUCACUUGCAUGGUUUUUACAGACAGCUGGAAAUAAACCAGAAUUAUCCUCAAAUUAGGAAAUCCAAAACACAAAAGACGCUGCCAUAAAGCAGUUCUGCCCAUAUUUAGACGACUUGUUGAAGUGACUUCUCCAAACACAUAAUAAAACAAAACUAUUGCUUAGCCUAAAUCCCCCGUUUUGCCUAAACCUAGAUUUAAUUACCUGAAGGGUGAGCUGUGACAUGAAUAUUCACCUCCGAGUCCAUUUGAAGAGCAACACUGAAACUCCCUGAAAGCACUUUGAUUUCCUUGUUUUUUUUAUUUAUUCCUGAUAACUACCUGCUGCGUCGUAUCGAGCCGCUCUGCGAGGCUGGAUUCAGUGCGAUAACUGCGUCUGCAUUUGUUUACCAGGCGAACACAAUGUCAGCCAACAGUCUACUUAUGCAUGCAGUGCCUCUCACCUUCAGGGAGGAAGUGAGAGAUGGCACCAGUGCACUCGACACACAAUCCUCCGUGAGCCAGAGGAUCUCUGCUUUCUUUUCUUUUUUCUUUUCUGAAACAUAAUACUGUUGUGUUUAACUUGAUCUCCUCUCACUGUGUCACUGCUGCUCGUUUCCUUUGGCUCUGGAUCUUACAGUAAUCCCUUUCUUCAUGCUUCCGACAGGCUAAUUCUAAGCCUAUUAAGUCGUUGCAGAGCUUGGCGGAGGAUCAUGUGUGCAGGACCCUUUUUGCCUUUCAGGUCGUACACACAUUAAGUUGUGCAGUUUAACCUACACCUAUACAAACCAAACAACCCUGGCUAUUCCAUUGCCUUCAAACUGUGGCAGAAAAUUACGCUUCUGUUUGACUUGUUGCCAAUAAUAUGAAUCUGCUCGAUGGCCUUUAAUUCUCACGGCUUACUUGUUUUAUUUGCUGUUCUGAUGAGAUUGAUAUCUGCCUUAUCUCUCAAAGUCCCUGCUUCCUUUUAGACACUAGAGUGGCCUCCGUGAUGUCGCACCCAAACACACAAUUGGCCACAAAGUUGUGCUUGAGAUGCCUCACAUUUAACCCUCUCUUUGGUGUGAAUAUUAAUACCAUAGAUCAGUUUUAAAAUCUGUGCCGCAGGAAGUCAAUGCUGCUUUUGGACAAUGUUGCUUCGCUUGAAGAAUGUGGUAUUUGUGGUUCACAAUCGAGCAUGAAGUUUGGUCUCAAAGUAGGUCACCCAUAUCCUGAGAGCUCGAAUCAGAGCAGAGGAUGAUGGGUAGAGUCAUUUCUAGCCAGUUUUCUUCCCUCAACCCCCAAGAAAAGAGAGGGUAUAGGGAUGAAAGACAAACGGCUUUCUUAUGAGGUGUGAAACAUUUGCCAAACAAAUACUAGGUGUGGGGUUUGAAAGAGAUUUCACCCUUUGAUUUGUUGUAUUAUUCCUUUGCACAUGUGUAAAUACUGUACAGGAUCAACAUGACGAACAAGGUUGAUGUACAUUUUGACUGGGUGUGCUCUGUUUUUAGGAGCCUGACUUGAUUGACAUGUAAAUUGCUGUGAUGAUUCUUUCUUUGUUUUCUUCUUCUGAUUGAGCUUCAGUUUACUUUGGUUAUGGAAAAGAUGUGGUAUAUUUACAGGUCAAUACUGUUGGUGUGAUAGUGAUAAUUGUAUGUUUUCAUCGGCCUAUUGUUGGUGAUUUUGUGUAAAGCAAAGCUGGUAGACCAUGUGGGUCAACUCCAACGGUCCUUUUCUGUCUGGUUCUGGGGUAGUUUUGGAAAUGGUAAAAGUCUUUGAAACUCUCGGUCAUCGAUUUAAAAAAAAAAAAAACCCCAAACAAAAAAAAAAAAACCUCAGCACUUCAGUAGCCCUGAUCCAGGACCCCCAUGCAAUGUCCACCAAUACUGCUAUCUCCAGGAACUCAGUUUAGCCAGAAAGUGAAACAAUAUGAGAUUUCUGAGGCCGAUAAAGAUUGUAACUCUGGUUACUCAGAUCACUGGUAAUGGUGGUCUAUAAAGUGCAUUUUGAACUUUAAUAAAAAGACACCCUUUCCAUGUGGACUGCUUAUCUAUGAUGCUCUGAAAGGAUUGUCAAAAUGCACUCAGAAAGUUGCUUCCAGGACAAAUAACUUAGAGCCGACCUGAGUAUACAGGCGUUCAUUUCAGGCCGACAUGGGCCUAUAGUCGAUAGUCCGCUAUUGGAUGGCACAAUUUUUGAUAAGAGUAAGAAUGUAAACUUUUAAGAGCACGCUUUGAGACUGCAGUUUGCACUCCUCCCAACAUUCAGCACGUUUACAUGCACACUUGCGUCGAUUGGGAUAUUUACCUGGACAACUGUCCUUGUCCCAGUACUAGUAAGGGGGGGGUGGAUUUACUGACAGAGGUAUGUCUGACGUCGCGGUCGCUAUGGUACUUAGAGAUACACCCCCUUUCAGCAAUUAUUGGACCUUCUGAUCGACCUAUUACAUUACACAUACCAAAAACUCACCAAAUUGUCUGUCGAACCAUGAAAACAUGGAAAACUUUACAGCUCUGUUCAUUUUGUAUCCUCGCUUGUCUAGAAAUGUGUGUUUCUCGCUCUAGCACUCGCCGUUUUGGUUCCUUCGUCUUGUGUUUUCUUUAUGGAUUUCUUCUACACAUUCAGGCUGUCCGACUUCCUAGUCCAAGCCUGGCACAUAUGGGAACUGUGGAGGAUGUGCUGAACGCCUAGGACUGAGGUGUAUACAUGUAAGAGUAACUCAACCUCCAACCGGAUUAUCUAAGUGUUCUAUUCCGCCUUCAACAAGUUAGACCUAAUUCGAUUUCUAAACAAAUUUACGUACAGGUAGAAAUAAAGUAUCCUGAACCUUAUUUCACUCAGUCAGAAUAACAAUAAAUCCCUUUUUUUGAUAUUGUGAUACCAUACUGAUCCUCUGCAGAACAUGCAACAGAGCAUCAAGAGCCUUGCAGAUAUUGAUUAUUAAUAGAGUUGGUUAAAUAUAUAAAAGUUGCAUUCUACUAACAGCUUUCUGAGGGUCUUCACUUAGUUAUAUCAGUCCACAAUCCCAACAUUAUAGGUAUGAUAUUGGUAAUUUGUUAAAGGUCCCCUCUUAAAUUGGCAUUGAUAUCAGUCUAAAAAUCCCUCUUUGUUCUGAUUCUCAUGUAGCAUUUAUUUCUUGAUGAAAUAAGUAUUGACUCCAUUUUAAGCCCCCUCUGCUUUAUUUAAGUACACAAAGUUCUGUUGAUGCACAUUGGAAAAUAUGCUAAUUCCAAUAGACGUUAUAGACCACAUAGACGAGCCAAUAUGUCAUUCAGGUUCACAUUUGAAGAAAAAAAAUGUCACUGGUGGCAAAGAAAUGCCAAUGAAGACCUGAUGCAUGAAAACCUGGUCCUGGAUGAGGGCUGCACCUGUCCUGUGUCGGAUGAAGAACACUGACUCAUGUCAAACGAGAUCCAAACUCACAGAUCUUCUGCUCUCACUCUUUUGUAUGAACAAUUUUUUCCCUUGUCGAUGUAAAGUAUUUUGAAGAGAUUAAAUGAAGUUUAUCAGAAUUGGUGUGAACACCUGUCAAUCACUGUUGAACUGAUGAAUUUUUAAAUAAAAUGGAUUGAAAGAAAAA